AUGCACGGCAUACAGACAAGCCGGGUCCCUAAGAAACUGAGUCCAGCACCUUUAACAUCCAGUCAGACAAUCUGGAUAGAAAAUGACAAAACUAUUGACGUGAUCCGUACCUUCUCGGAUCGUACAACCAUUUCAAACGAUGACUUGUGUUGUCCCACAACGUUGUGUGCCGAAAAGGCAAAUCCUCAUUCGGCCUGGAGAACUCCUGAUUUUCUACUCGAGAUUCUAUCUUAUAAAGUUACAAUCUCAGAAGAAUAUCCAUUAAGUAAACUAAACUUAUGGCCCAAAAGCAUGACGUCUGAACAUUGGCAUAACGGCUACGAAAUCGAAUCUAAUGAACAAAGGGUUAAAUGUACUUUUAUGGUCUAUGGUAGAAAGCUCAGUGGUGAUUGUAGCGGUGUUGAACAGCAAGAACAAUGUCAAAAGCGCGGUCUGUCGUGGGCUUGGGUUUCGGCAUGUAUACGAAAGACAGUUGUACACACUGCGUACUUGACAACCGAACUGAAUUCGGACGCUCGUAUGAAACAGCGAAAAGCGAAAAAUUCACAUUACUCAAAGGUACCGGCGGAAGAUGCCGCCAAUUGA